UGGCGUCAAACUGGUUUCUAACGGUGGUUUAUAGUGAAACGGGCACCUGUCACCUGCGACGUUAGUCUUCACCUGAGACGAGGAAGAUGUUGGAGUUGUGAAAUUUAAAAUGGCGGCAGCGCGAGAGCAGUUUUACUUCCGUCCACGCAGUUGCGCGCUCCGCUCCGGUCAUGCUGCAGAACGCGCCUGAUUCGGGCUGAGUGCUCGGUCUGACCGGAGGCACAGGUUUUCAAAUGAAAAUGGAGGAAAUGCGUCUCUCAGGCCCAGACAACACCAAGCUGGAGGCCCUGAUGCAGGACAUCUACUCGGAGCUGGUGGAAGACGCCUGUUUGGGCCUGUGUUUCGAGGUGCACCGCGCGGUGAAGCAGGGCUACUUCUUCUUGGACGACACGGACCAGGAGAGCACGAAGGAGUUCGAGAUUGUGGACGAGCCGGGCGUGGACGUCUUCGGGCAGGUGUUCAACCAGUGGAAGAACAAAGAGUGCGAGUGUCCCAACUGCAGACGGCUGAUCGCGGCGUCCCGUUUCGCUCCGCACCUGGAGAAGUGUCUCGGGAUGGGGCGCAACAGCAGCCGCAUCGCCAGCCGCAGGUUAGCCAGCAGCAACAACACGAGCAAAUCUGAGAGCGAUCAGGAAGAUAACGACGACGUGAACGACAACGACUGGUCGUACGGAGCGGAAAAGAAAGCCAAGAAGAGAAAGUCUGACAAGAAUCAGAAUUCCCCGAGAAGAUCCAAAUCUCUGAAACAUAAAAACGGCGAGCUCAGCAGCAGCAGCGUCAGUUCAGAGUCGUACAAGUACAACUACAACACGGGGAUCAGUUAUGAAAGUUUAGGCCCCGAUGAAGUCCGGUCUCUGUUGACUACGCAAUGUGGGGUCAUCUCUGAGCACACCAAGAAGAUGUGCACCAGGUCUCAGCGGUGCCCCCAACACACGGACGAGCAGAGGAGGACCGUCAGGGUGUUCCUCCUUGGGCCGUCCGCGCCGGCGCUGCCCGACGCCAAGCCGGAGAGCAACAGCUUCGACGUUCCCGAUGAGCCGAGCGUGAUGAGCCGCCUGCAGUGGGAAGACUCGUCUGACAUUUCUCCCGCCGACUCGGCGUCGUCUAAAGCCAGCACCAACCACGCCGACUCUCGGAGGCCCAAGAAGAAGAGGCUGGCUCUGGGUCCGAGCGGCGCUGCGACUGACGGCAGCAACCCUCCGAGUAAUUUAAAUCUGACGAGUAAAAAGAAGCCCAAACUCUCCGCAGCUUUCAUUUCCAGCAUCUACGACGACUUGAAUUAGCUCGGGCCCGUUUGCUGCUUCUCGUUUUACACCAAACCCA